CAGCAGCCGCCUUAGGCAACCAUGUCUGAGUCUGGCCAUAGUCAGCCUGGGCUCUAUGGGAUAGAGAGGCGGCGACGGUGGAAGGAGCCUGGCCCUGGCGGCCCCCAGAAUCUCUCUGGGCCUGGUGGUCGGGAGAGGGACUACAUUGCCCCGUGGGAGAGAGAGAGACGGGAUGGCAGCGAAGAGACAAGCUCGUCGGUCAUGCAGAAAACCCCGAUCAUCCUCUCAAAACCUCCGGCAGAGCGGUCAAAGCAGCCACCACCUCCAACAGCCCCUGCCGCCCCACCAGCCCCAGCCCCUCUGGAGAAGCCUAUCGUCCUCAUGAAACCACGGGAAGAGGGGAAAGGGCCUGCGGCUGCAACAAACGCGUCCACCCCUGAGGGCACUGCCCCUGCACCCCCUGCAGCCCCCGCACCGCCCAAGGGAGAAAAGGAGGGGCAGAGGCCCACACAGCCUGUGUACCAGAUCCAGAACCGAGGCAUGGGCACUGCUGCACCAGCAGCCAUGGACCCGGUCGUGGGCCAGGCCAAACUACUGCCCCCAGAACGCAUGAAGCACAGCAUCAAGCUGGUAGACGACCAGAUGAACUGGUGUGACAGCGCCAUUGAGUACCUGUUGGAUCAGACUGAUGUGUUGGUGGUUGGUGUCCUGGGCCUCCAGGGGACAGGCAAGUCCAUGGUCAUGUCAUUGUUGUCGGCCAACACUCCUGAGGAGGACCAGAGGGCAUAUGUUUUCCGGGCCCAGAGUGCCGAAAUGAAGGAACGAGGGGGCAACCAGACCAGUGGCAUUGACUUCUUUAUUACCCAAGAGCGGAUUGUUUUCCUGGACACACAGCCCAUCCUGAGCCCCUCCAUCUUGGACCACCUUAUCAACAAUGACCGCAAGCUGCCUCCAGAGUACAACCUGCCCCACACCUAUGUUGAGAUGCAGUCACUCCAGAUUGCUGCUUUCCUCUUCACGGUCUGCCAUGUGGUGAUCGUCGUCCAGGACUGGUUCACAGACCUCAGUUUAUACAGGUUCCUCCAGACAGCAGAGAUGGUGAAGCCCUCCACCCCAUCCCCCAGCCAUGAGUCCAGCAGCUCGUCAGGCUCCGAUGAAGGCACUGAGUACUACCCCCACCUGGUCUUCCUGCAGAACAAAGCUCGCCGAGAAGACUUCUGUCCUCGAAAGCUGCGACAGAUGCACCUGAUGAUUGACCAGCUCAUGGCUCACUCCCACUUGCGUUACAAGGGUACUCUGUCCAUGUUACAGUGCAAUGUCUUCCCUGGGCUCCCAGCUGACUUCCUGGACUCUGAGGUCAACUUGUUCCUGGUGCCCUUCAUGGACAGCGAAGCAGAGAGCGAAAACCCACCAAGAGCAGGACCUGGUUCCAGCCCGCUCUUCUCCCUGCUCCCUGGGUACCGGGGCCACCCCAGUUUCCAGUCCUUGGUGAGCAAGCUCCGGAGCCAAGUGAUGUCCAUGGCCCGGCCACAGCUGUCACACACAAUCCUCACUGAGAAGAACUGGUUCCACUACGCUGCCCGGAUCUGGGACGGCGUGAAGAAGUCCUCUGCCCUGGCAGAGUACAGCCGCCUGCUGGCCUGAGGCCGAGGGAAGGCACGUCAUGCAGAGAACCCACUUCUGGGUCCCCAUGGAUGGUGAGGGAGCACACGUGUCCUACCCCCCUGGUGGGCUGGAGAGUGGCAGCAGGCCUGAUGGAUGAGGGACCGCGACAUUCUCGCCCAGAGACAUGAGGUGUCCAGGGCCAGGCCCCCCCGCCCUCAGGGGAGUAUUGUUCAGGGGGCUACUUUGAGAUCCCACCUCCAACCUGGGACAGGGCGGCCCAUCCUCAGUUCCCCUCAGGGACAGGCAGUGGGAGUAGUCUGAAUGGUCCCCAAGAAUCCCAGGUUCCAUCUUGACCUCCCUCUGCAGGGACAGGAGCAACAGGUUCCUCCUCCCUGACUGUAAGCCCUUUCCUAUAAGGUGCAGCAGGGUCUGGGGAGCUCUUCGUUGGGGCAGAUCUGGUGGUUCGAAUAAAAACAGUCACG